AUGGGGAGACACUGGCAGCUGCUGGGAGAAGUCCCAGAUUCCGACGAUGAAGAACUCGGCAGCCAGGAGCCGCUGCAGGACGACCAUGUCGAGGGCAAUACUGCUGUAAAGACUCAAGAGAGCAGCAGGGACGCAAAAGAACCAGGGGAACCAUUUUUGAAGAUCGUACUUACUCCUCAUCGACAUAACCAUUUCACGGGAGUUUCAUCUUCAUCGAGACAUGCAGCACACGGCCCUAGAACACCUUCCCCAACACGGAUCUCGACACCCCGGAGAAUCUCCCCUCCACCCGAAGACUCAGCUGACGAGAUCGAUCUCGUCUAUGACGGCGUCCAGGACAACGAGCAGGAUGAAGAGCCGCGCUGCGACCUACGCUCAAGCCCGCCACAAUUCAGCGUUCCCGAGGCACUGGCCAACAAUAUAGUACAAGCCCUGACGACGAACGACGACAACGUACUUUCAGGACAGGAAACGCCGUCACGCCAGUUACAGAAAUCCCAGCAGUCUCAAGGACCUCGAACUUCCCAGGCCUCUUUGCAGCCACAACGGUCAGGGCAUUCCGAUAUACCACACAGUUCACUAACACCCAAGAAGGGAGACCGACGACCACGAUCCCACGAACCCCCGGCUUCUGCGUCUAUUCCACCUGCCGAUCCUUUCUCAUUCUCACCCACGUCCUCCCUCUCAAGUCUUUCACGAUCACCUUCACCCGUUGCUGAUGGACCUGCUCGCCGAAGCUCUGGAGGUCACGAAGUGGCUCGCAUGUCUUCCCCGUUUCCCGUCCUACCUGAGUCUCCUCCUGCCUUUCGACUAGGUUUCGUACGAUCUCUUCGACCUCGAAAGCCGAUUCAACAACAUCCAUAUCUGCUCGAAGGUGCGCAGUAUGCACUUGCCAUGAAAUCACAUGGUGUGAAGCCUGUUCGCACCGAGUACGGCAGCGCUCCGCGGAAACAAGUCGUGGAUGAGGAUUCGCAAGAACAGGAGUUUCAGCAAGAAGAAGAAAAAAGUCAAUUGCCAAGGAGACAGUCACAGAACGACGCUGCUCUUUUUGCCGGUAGCCUAUAUGAUUUCCCUAGCAGCCAAGCUAGUCUCGGCGACAUUGCACUGUCUUCCUUAACUCCUCGAACAUCAACGCCCGCACACCGCCUCCUGCCUCCGAGCAGCGAGGAUGGAGCCGACAACGGAACGGAUAAUACAAGCCCGCCCGAUGAAGACGACUUCCCAACUCCUCAAACCGUCCUAGAUCGGCAGCACAAGCGGCAGCAGGCUCGAAUUUUCAAACGGCAGAGUUCGCCAAAGACUGCCUCCGCCGCAAAGCGGGCACGGCUGGUAGAUGCAGCUCUUCAAGAUCAGUCGGCUCGUGCCAAAUGGAUACCCGUCCGUAUGGAUUCGUCGCCGGACCAGCUUCCCCGUUCAUCUGCACGGAUGCAUGUAUCUCGGCCGCGAUCUGUGUCCCCGGUUACUUUCCUUUCAAGGCAAGAAGGUGUAGCAGUUUUGGACGAUGAUUCUAGUGACAACAGCAAUGACGAAAUUGAAAUCACUGACGCGAGGGAAUGCACUGCGUCCCCACUGAACGACAUGGCCGAAGAGAGCCAUAGCGACUCGGAAGCCGUACGCAAAAACAGCAGGCGGAUCAAAGGGGUUCUGCCCGCGUCUUGGCUGCGGCUUGAUCAGCAAAAAUCAACGCAGGUCGGCCUUGACAGGGUGACGGCCACCCAGAGGCGACCUGGGCAACAUAACCACCAGGCCACCAGAAAGGGCGUUGCAUUGCCGAGACAGGGCCAGGCCACCAGCUCUCUGGCAACGAUCAUCUCAUUAUUUGACGAAUCAGACGAUGAUGUAGAUAACGAUAAUGAGAGCGUGGUGGACAUGGCCAAGCGGUCAAAAGCACCGGUAAUUGAAUCAUGGGAUUCGGAUGAGGAAGGAUAUUCACCAAUUGUUUCUCUCAUUAACGACGAAGACAUUGGUUCGGUGAUGGAGGACAACUCCAUUGAUCUAAUGGCACCGAGAGUGAAACGAACCAGGCUACCAGCAGCGCCUGGUCCCCGAUCAAAAAGACCAAGGAUGCGGACGCAGAGUGUGCCCAGUGGCACUCCAAUCCAAAAGACACGACAGCCCAAAAUCACGAAGAUGAUGCACCGAUCUGCUUCUGCUUCUACAGGCAGUCACCGAUUCUCCCGCAAACAAUCAUCGUCUACGAGGAGACGGCAAAGCAACCCGCACACAACCAGCAGCAGGAGAACGCCGAAACCACCCGCCACUCCUCCUAUGCUGAGCAUUCUCGAUUUCGUUGAGCCCGCAGCACCAGCGUUCAUCCGUGUUGCGGCUCGUACUGCAAGGCGAACGGCUAAGCUAGGAAAGACGAGCCCUUCUAGAAAGAUAAUCAACCUCGGAAGCCGGGGUGACAACGUGGACGCUCUAUCUGUCCUGCGAGACUGGAAAGCUGGGAGAAUCAGGCCCAAGAUUCCAAACCCACCCAGACGGCUGAGACAGUCUGGACAACAGGCCCCGCUCCAAGAGAUGUCGCCGAAUCUUGCACCACACUCAUCUCCCCGACCACAGCAUAUACAAAAUUCAACCGCGGUAAAGAAAAGCCAGUCAGGAGCUUUCGUGAACCGCAUCCCUCAAACCAAGCUUGCCGCACUACCACGCCCGUCCAAUCUGUGGAUCAGCAUGGGCUCUCACAUGGAUCCAAUGAUGCGGCCAGCACAACUUGAGGUUGCGGCGAGAAGCAAGCUGGGCGCGGCUGGUUUUGUUUCAAAAAAGAAAGAGCUCGAUGCCUUGUACUGCCGUCGGCGGCGGGAUGCCAUACCUUUACCGAGCGUGCGACUCGAGCAAUUUGUCGACGACCAGGCAUCUGCCUACAGUGCAAUCGACGACAAUAUUUCUGUGGACGACCAUUCUCUUAAGCCACUGGGCUUUGGACUGGAACAAGAAAUUGAGCUUCAACCUUCGCGACGGCAGCAUGAUAUCAAUUCUGCUAAGCAGAUGCCUGAAAGCAACAACCGGUCAAGAUUUCGCAAGCGCUACAGUCCAAGGCAGAUCGACACAUCUGCACCGCGAUUUGCCCAUGCUUUGGAUCACAUUCCCCUGGAUAUUGGUCCUGCAAAGGUCGAUUUCGUGGCCGAUACCGUCAAUCUCGAUAGGGACAAACUGCAUGGGCUAGGGCCUUUCGGAUCGCAGUACCCACAACACUUUGAUAUCUUCGCUCUCGACGGUGACAUCUUUUUCCAUCAAAGCACCCUCAUCGGCAGCGGCCGGCUGAGUUUGGCCCUUGGGAUGGAUUCUUCGGAUAGCUCGCAGCCUCUCCAUAGGCCAAACCUUACAACUUCGUUCCAACUGGGCGAGCGAACGCUCAGCUGGAGUGUGUGGGAUGAGGUUUCAUCGUCCGAGUAUGGCAUCCUCAUGGACUGGUUGGCGGAUAGCCUUCACUCACCUGCUUCCUCGCCUAGCCUUGCUGGGCCGAAGGUGCAUACAAUGAUCAAUUUCGUUUUAGAUUUUAUCCAAAUCACCAUGGCCAAGGCGACAUCUUCGCCAAGUGUCCGAAAGGCCUUCAUUGUACGAAACCUUGAGGUUAUCAAAAGCCUCAUUCGCCGGUUUGAAGCGUCGAACCUGCAGCAUGAACAGCCCUCAAGCGACUCAAGAAAGAACAAUCGCCUGGCGGCGUUGACCGGGAUUCUAACAAUCAACACAUGGCUCCUGCAACUUUGCCGAGACACGCCAGAAUGCGUUUCCUACUCGGUCCAGGUGGAAGAUAUUUUAAAGUCAACUGCAAAGCAGUCUGUCCAGCUUCUCAUGAAGCAGGGUCUUGGCGAUAUACGUACCUCCUACAGCGACUUUCAACGGGGUCUUUUCCGGGACCGUGGCAUUCGAAGAAAUACGCAAGUAUUGAGCUCAUGGGUCGUUCUCAUGCAAGUUUUGGAGCAUGCAAGAAUCCCACGAGGUGGCUUUUGGGAUGUCACGUACUCGGUUAUGCUUGCUGAUAAUGCAAUUAGUACUUGCACACAUGCUAGCCAGUUUGAACAGUGGUGGCAGGACAUGUUUACGCUUCUUCCCCUUGGCGAAUUCGACAACUCUGGCGUGGUCAGGCCCGGAAUACGGCUGGCUAUACCCCUUGAUGGAUGGGAACUUCCAAAAAAGGCCUUGGACAGGGUUUUUCAACUCUACAAAGCCAACCCGCACCAAUCACCGAGCUUCAAUGCGUACUGCCGAGCCAUCGUGGGCCGUUGUCACUACCUCGUCCAGGAAUGGGGCUGGCGUCGUUGCAAGGCCAUCGUCGGCACGAUCUUCGACUUUUACGGGUCACAAGGAUUUGCACACUUGCGGAACGAAGAAGCACAUCGGUCUCCCCACUUCCUUGAACAGCUUGCGGGCAGUCCAUCACUUGCCAUUGAACCAGACGACCAGUGCUUCCACAUUUUCAUCAAAAUGCUUGGACUUGUCAUCCUGCAGCUGAAGAGACUUGGUCAGUCCAAAGAGCUGACCAACCUGAUUUCCCGCAUCCUCCCGAACCACGACCGCCAAUUACUCAAAGAAAUGGACGUCCAUGAGAGAGAUCUCGCUGCCCUUCGAAAUCACCAUGACCUGCUAUGCACCCUGUUCUGGGCUACACCUCCCGACAUCCGACCGCCUAUUCAUCAGAUCGAAAAACUUGUGGUGCCCGCGAACUCCCACAAGGAGGCUUGUUUGAUAAACAUCCGUGCCUGGAACCAGCUGGCGCGGUUUGUGAUUGCCGCCGAUGAAGGCUACGGUAUCUUCAAGAGCUUCAAUUCCUGGAUGAAGAAUAUCUUCCAACAAAUGCUAGAACAAUAUCUCUCUGCAGAAACGGACAUGCACAGACAAUUCCAGAGCUUGUCAACAGUCAUGAUGCAAGGCAUUAGCCCUGAUAUGGUCAAGGCUAUGGCGGCUGCCAACAAGGCAGCCGCGAUGGAUGUGUUGCAUGCGUGCACUGUGUCUUCUCUGGACGUUCUCCGGCACGCCAAGUCUCUUGGGGUGGCAACGUAUUGUUUCAAUGUCGACCAGCUGAGUGCAAUCUUCACAAAAAUGGAUCUGCCGGGGCCUAAGACGAACUGGAGCAUCCUCAGCACCGCUCUCGACGUUGUGGAUCAUUAUAUGGAUCGGCUCGAGAAGGCCGUGGACGAGCAGUACUCCAGUUCGGCGGAUGCCACAGACCCACAAGAGGCAGACGACGCGGUGUUGAUGCUUGAUCACAGGCUGGCCAAAGGGUUCUUCCAUCUGGUCAACACAAUCACACAUAUGUCAUGGGAGGACCUACCAAAGUCCUCCGCCGACCUACGAAUUGCAUGCACAGAACGAAGCGUUACCAUUGCAGCUCGUCUAGCAAGCCGGUUCAUACAUUCGGGUCUGUACGGCUUGUCCCGGUUCUUUGGAUCCGGCGACUAUUGCAUAUUUGAAAGGUUGCCACACGCGCCGGGCCUCUUGCAGCGCAAGUUCUUGCCUCUUUUCGUAUCGGCGGUGCUGCGGAGCAACGUGUUUGAUUUCAAGGACCUCGGAAACAGUAUCCUAGAGCUGUGGAUGCUUGCCAUUGUCAAGCCGCAGAAGUUCUUGGCUUACGAGAACCGGCUCGCUGACGUUCUAAAGACGCACGAUAUUCCUUUUGUUCGGCGAGCAAAUAUACCCGCAAACGAUCAGACACCCAGCUACGACACCAACCGCGCGUAUUUCGCCUGUUCCAUGACGUCCAUACGACAACAGCUGCGGGAUGCAGACGGCACCACGCGACGACAACAACUGCGCAGCGAUUUUGCGCGAGCCUUAAAGCUCGUGAUGCAGCAAAUGAAGGAGGACCUACGAUAUGCCAAGACGGAGCCCGUCGAGCACGAAAAGUACAUUGUCUUUGUGCGAGGUGUUGUUGCUUUGAUCCGGUCACACGGCAGUGACAUUUGCUCGUUGGACACCUUCUUUUACGACCAAAGCCAGGAAUUUUCGCCUUCGCCCGAAGACCCUCAGCUGAGGACCGCCAGUAUCAUAACAUACGGCUUGCGACUCAGUGAAGGCGAGGCUACAGCGGCACCGCAGCUCUUCCAUUACCUACAUAAUAACUUCAAUAUUGCGCUCGCCAACAACAGUCUCGACCAGGAAUGCAAGAUCCUGGAACGGAGCAUGGAAAACGACGUCAUAUUCGGAUUUAUGCUGGAACGGAUGCUACCCGCGAUUCUCCGCGCAACAAGCGAGGCAGAAGAAGCAUGGCCGUUGUUGGAUGUGUACUACAGCGCGAUGGAACGGUUUGUCACGCGAUCUCCUGUGCCAAAGAACAUCGGCGACGACAACGUCACGGGCGGAAUGAUUGGGCUGCUGGAGGAUAUUGUGGCAUGGUUCCAGUGGGCAGCGGUAUCUUUGGCAGCCGAUGCGGCGCGUACUGGACUCACAUUUCGUGACGCUGGUUUGGGUGAUGCUACGGAAGGGGCUGGCUGUGACACACAGCCGAUGGUAUUUUGUGUACGGGUGCAUACGAUGGCCCAAUUGGCAGCGCUGGCCAACCUUCUACAGCCGUACUUGAUGACGUGUUCAUGCCUACCCACUGCCCCAUCCAUACAGGCGAGGCUCGACGGUAUCGUUACCGGAUACUACCAGUUUAUCGAGUCUGCUCUGGCCGAUCUCGCACCUGUGCGUGUCGACAAACGAAGACGAUACAUCCAUCCCGACAACACCGUUGCCGACGAACCAAACGAUGGCAACAACCAACUGGGCCCAAAGACUCUGUUUUCAUCAUUCUUGGUAGUCGAAAACAGCACCGUGUCCUCGAGUCUGAGCAACAGUUGCACCGUCGGGGUGCGCAACGACAACAGUUCCAUUGCGAACACCAUGAGGAGGUACACGGGAGGCAAUAACCGACCAGGUGACGGGUCACAAGUGGACCAGUUCAACAGAAGGAUCGUGCAACACGUACGCGAUAAUUGGAUUGUGGACAACGGAUCCAUCACAGUGCGCAAAGCUGGUGCGCGGCCUGGGAUUGGGAGGGGCCCUGGCAUGAUGGCCGGCUCGGCGACGACGGCAGCAGCGGGCCCGGGUGUCCCAUUUGGACCGUGGUCCAUGGCUGAGCUUCUGGCCGAGUUACAACUGCAGCUACAGCUCUGGACAUUACGGCCGGCCAGUGCUUACGGCAUGGGACCGCAGUCGAGGCGUUUGUUCCCGGGUCGGUUACGGGAGAAGAGACGUCUCUAG